CAGGAUGACACAAGAGCCGGGGCUGAAGGCCUAGGGGGAAAGCCAUUCCGUGUCAUCUCUGACAGUGGAAGAAACAGGAAAAGGUGCUUUGGGAACAAUCGGUGGUGUCAGGGAUACUGCCUGCGUGGCAGGAGGACGCCAGCUGGGAUCAAACUGCUGCUGCCAGCAAGAAAGGAACCUGCCCUGUUUUUUCUUCUCCCCACAGCUGUGACCCUCCGGGCAUCUCCCAGCCAUGCAGAUCCUGCCUCUCCUCUUUGCUGUCCUCCUCCUGAUGCUCCGGGCAGAACCAGGGCUGUCCCUUGCUCGAGGAUUACCCCAGGACUGUGAGCGCCGUGGGGGCUUCUGCUCCCACAAGUCAUGUCCUCCAGGGAUCGGCCGCAUUGGCCUCUGCUCCAAGGAAGACUUCUGCUGUCGGAGCCGAUGGUAUUCCUGAUGGCCUCUGAUGUCCCUUCACGUUCAUCUCCAUGCAGAGCAUCAAAGCCACCACCUACCUUUGCAGUGCACCAGAGGCAACAAUCACCACUGGGAGCGGUGGUGACCCUGGACAACCAGACCUCAGCCCUGUGAGAACCCCUCUGUCCCCAAUACAAGGUGGCAGCUUGCA